AUGGUAGGGCCAAGUCCAGAAGAACCUAUCUGGACUCGUGAUGAACAGCCAAAUCAGAAGGAGAAGAAGAGUAGCAAUAGUAGUAAUAACGGUAAUGAUAAUGGUAAUGAUGAUUGUAGUGGUAAUGGUAAUCUUAAUGCUAAUGGCAAUGAUAGCGGUAAUGGUAUUGGUACUGGUAAUACUAAUUUUAAUGGUAACGGUUAUUUUAAUGGCAAUGGUAAUCGUAAUGCUAAUACAAUGAUAAUGGUAAUGGUAAUGACAAUAGUAGUGAUACUGGUAAAGGUAUAUAAUGGUAAUGGAAAUGGAAAUGCUAACGGUUAUGAUUAUGGUUAUGGUUAUGAUUAUGGUUAUGGUUAUGAUUAUGGUUGUGGUUAUGGAUAUGGUUAUGGUUCUGAUUACGGUUACGGUUCCGAUUAUGGUUAUAAUUAUGGUUGUGGUUAUAGUUAUGGUCAUGGCUAUGGUUACGGUUCCGGUCGUGGUUACGGUUAUGGUUAUGGUUAG